AGAUAAACAAAAAUUUUUCUGAUAUAUUUAAAAGGGUUUGGAAACUAGAAAAUCAAGUAGGUAUAACUCUAAAGCCACUUGAAGUGGCAUUUUUAUCAAAUAUGGAUACAAAACUAGUGAUUUUAGUCUUAGUGGGGCUUAUACAACAAAUAUCCGGCACAAGUGUAAUCUGCUACCACGGAACAUGGUCGCAUUAUAGGCUAGGAAACGGAAAAUUCUCAGUUAGCGACGUACCAGCAAAACUUUGCACUCACUACAUUUACACAUUUGUUGGCCUGGAUUCAGAUACCAAUGAAGUUAAGUCUUUGGACUCCUGGUUGGAUAUAAAUCUUAAUGGCCUCAAUGACGCUAAUGCCUUGAAAACUGUAAAUCCGAAUCUAAAAACCCUCUUGGCUGUUGGUGGUUGGAAUGACGGUUCUGCAAAAUACUCUGUAAUGGCUGCAAACGCCACUAGCAGAGCAACUUUUAUAGCUUCUGCUUUGAAAUGGGUGCAGAAGUAUAAUUUUGAUGGUUUUGAUAUUGAUUGGGAGUACCCCGCGAGAAGGGAUAGUUCUAACCCUGCUGACAAGGAGAACUUCUCAAAAUUAAUUAAAGAAUUUUACAAAACCUUCCAUCCAUUGGGUUUGCUUGUAACAGCAGCGGUAUCAGCUGCCCCUAGCUAUAUUGAUAUUUCUUACGACGUACCCGCUCUAUCAAAAUACCUGGACUUCAUAAACGUUAUGUUAUACGACUUCCAUGGAGCCUGGGAAAACACAGCAUCCCAUAACGCCCCGUUAUAUAGCGCUGCUAGGUUUGCGGGUACAGUCUAUGCUGAUUACAGUGUGAAUGCCUCAAUUCAUGGUUGGAUUUCUCGCGGAGCUUCUCCUUCAAAACUAGCCCUUGGGGUACCAUUCUAUGGAAGAAACAACAUCCUUUCUAAUCCUGACAAGACUGCACCAGGAUCUGCUACUACUGCUACUGGAGGUGUUGCUGGUCCUUACACAGCCACUUCCGGAUUCUUGGGAUAUAAUGAGAUCAUUGAAAAGUUUAACGAAGGUGGCUGGACAACGGCUUGGGACGACGAACAAAAAGUACCAUAUGCUUUCUCUGGUACCACUUGGUUGAGCUAUGAAAAUAAAGAAUCGCUAACUCUUAAGGUUGCCUAUGCUAAAUCUCUAUGUCUAGGAGCCAUCAUGUUAUGGUCAAUCGAAACUGAAGACUUCCUUGGACUCAGUGGAACAAAGUAUCCUUUAUUGGAAAUAAUCCACAACGAAUUGAACUCCAAUGAAACUGCUGACUCAUCAUCAUCCACUAAAACUGCAUCAGCAACUACAACUACAACCUCAACAACAACUACAACUCCAACAACAACUACAGUCUCAACAACAACAACUACUACUACAACUCCCACUGCUUCUUCAACUUCAUCCUCUUCAUCAAGUACUAGUAGUUCAACAACUUCAGCUUCCGAAAUAACUAAAGAAGAUGUCUGCACAGCGCCAGGCUACUUUAGAAGCUCUGCAAAUUGUAGAGUCUUCUACUAUUGCCAACUCAGUGGCAUACGGUACAUUGUCACCAAGUUGAUUUGCAGCGCCGGUCUAUUCUAUGAUACAAAAUUGGGCAUCUGUAAUUACGAGAAAGCUGUUACUUGUUAGAUAACGUAGGAUGUUUCGUUUGUUAACUUUGUGUUAACCUAUUAAUGACAAUGAUCAGUAUUUAUUUUUCCAGUCGAAAUAUACUAUUUUUUUGCAAAGUAAUUUAUA